AUGGCCGGGGCUCAGAAGGUCAGGCGGCCUAUUUCCCUGCUAGAGCCCAGCCCCAGGCUUCCAUCGAAGGAUGCCGGGCGCCUGCUGCACGCGAUGCGCGCUGGGAAGGUGGAGGCCAACCUGUUCCACUACAACGCCCUGCUCAGCUGCUUGGAGAAGGACCUCCCAGGAUGCAACCGCGUGGAGCUGUGGUGCUGGGCUGCGCUAACUUUGGGGGAUCAGGUGGAGCUCGCACAUAUGGGCUUCUCCCAAGUCCCAUCCUCCUCUGACCAGGAGAAUCUCUGGCGGAAAGCUCUGGGCCUCCUCGCAGCCCUCCCAUCCCUGGAGGUGACGGGGGAAACUUGGGUGUUGAGGUUGAUCCCAAUGUGGUCUCGCACAACACCGCCCUGCAAUGCCUGA